UUUUCUUCUCAGGUCUUUCAUGGGAAACUGAUGAUAACACCUUGAAGGAAGCAUUUUCCCAUUUUGGUGACGUAGCUGAAGGUCGAUAUCCGGUCGUAAUUAUGAUCGUUGAUAGUACCUAUGGCUUAGUUCAUGGAAAAGUACGUGUCAAAAGGAUUCAAGAGAUGUUAGAAGAGUAUAUCACUUGGGAUGUAAAAUGGAGACAAGAAGUCUAUUGUUCCCAGAGCCCUAUUCCCAGUAGAUCAGGAAACCCUGAAGGCAGAAUUCUGGUGUUUCCAAAAAUGUCAAUUAUGAACAAGCGAAUGGAAGAAGGGUAUUCUACUCAAAGACCGCCCAUGUUUGAUGGAAAAUUCUAUACAUACUGGAAGAAUAGGAUGGAGAUCUUCAUCAAAACGGAAAAUUAUCAAGUUUGGAGAGUUAUCAAAAUCGGAGACUUUGAGGUAACCACUACUAACUCCAAUCAUGAAAUUGUUCCCAAACCCAUAACUAAAUUUGAAAAAGAAGAUUUUCAGAAGAUGGAAAUUAAUGUCCUUGCCAUAACUAAAGGAAUGUUCUUCUAACUCAUUUUCUGUCCAUCCAUCCAAAUUGAGUAAAAAUGAAUUAAUAGAGUUGCUAAAGGAGACACAAAUUAAACAUGAAAAUUGUAAUGAUAAGUGUCUCUAAUUGGAAAAGGAGCUCAAAGUAAGUAAAGACCAUGCCUCCUAU